CAGUUUUCAUUCACAGCGACGAGGGAUCGUCUUAAGCUUGAAAGCGAGUAUCGGAGGUUUUUUUUUGGUGUUACUCACAUUAGCUACAAUGGCCAAGGCAGUCCCGGAGGAAAUAUUAAUGAAUCCCACGCUCAUAAGAAGCUUGGCGGAUGUAGCAAAAGAAUCAGCACUUAUGCACGGCGUUCUAUUACGGAUCAAAGAAACCCCCAGUUCAUCAGAGUUGGUGACCUAUGCCCCGUUCUCACUCUUCCCCACGCCUGUGAAUCAAGCUGUGUUCCAGCAAGCUCUGACAGUGCAGCCACACUAUAACACACUGGUGGACAAGGUCAGCCAGGAUCCUGACUUUCUGGAAGAGGCACUUUCCAGCACCAUUGCAGUGGAUGAUUUCACAGCAAGGUUGUUCAAGAUCCACCAACAUAUUUUGAAAGAAGGACGGGCUCAGCCUGUUGUGUUGGGUCUCAACCGGUCUGACUACAUGUUGGACCAGCGAGAGGAUGGGACAUCAGCACUGAAGCAGAUAGAGAUCAACACCUUCGCAGCUAGUUUUGCAGGUCUCGGUGCACGCAUGGCAGAUGUACAUCGACACAUCCUUAAAGUGGCUGGCCGGCUGGACAUGAGCCAAUGCAUCCGAGACAACAAUGCUGUAUAUGGUCUGACAAAGGGGCUUGCUAAGGCCUGGGAACUCUAUGGGUCAGAGAAGGCAUUCGUCAUGUUUUUGGUGGAAGACAUUUCAGUCAACAUCUUCGAUCAACGAUGUGUUGAGAAUGAAUUGUGGAACAGAAACAUCCCAUCAGUAAGAAGGACAUUUGAUGAUGUCUGUAGAACUGGAUCCCUCGAUCAGGACAAAAGACUAUUUGUUGAUGGCCAAGAGGUUGCAGUGGUCUACUUCAGAUAUGGCUACAUGCCUCAGAACUACACUUCUGAAGAGACUUGGAAUGCCCGUCUUCUGAUGGAGCGCUCUCUGGCUGUCAAAUGUCCAGAUAUCAGCACUCACCUUGCUGGAACCAAGAAGGUCCAGCAGGUACUGGCUAGACCUGGGGUUCUGGAGAAGUUCUUUCCCGACCAGCCUGAAGCAGUUGAGCAGAUCAGAGCAACAUUUGCAGGCCUCUACACUUUAGACAGGGGUCCAGAAGGAGAUAAAGCUAUUGCAAUGGCUUUAGCAGCACCAGACAGAUUUGUCCUGAAGCCUCAACGAGAAGGAGGAGGCAACAACAUCUAUGGAUCAGAGAUAUGCAAAAUGCUCGAGGCAGUGAAGGAGACCACAGAGAGGUCAGCCUAUAUUCUGAUGGAUAAAAUCCAACCUGUUCCUGUACAAAACUACCUGAUCAGACGAGAUGCUCCACUCCAAAUCACCAACUGUCUCAGUGAACUUGGAAUUUUUGGAGCAUAUGUCAGGAACGAUAAAGAGAUGGUUAUGAAUGAGGUUGCGGGUCAUCUUCUGCGGACCAAGAGCUCAGAACACGUAGACGGUGGCGUAGCUGCAGGAGUAGCUGUGCUUGACAAUCCUUUAUUCAUCUAAACUUAGAACCACAAUUCAAAAAAGUUUGUACAGUCUGGAAAAGGGAUGAAAAAACAAAGAAAAUGCAGU